AUGCCUUCAUCAACUGGUUGGAGAUCACUCGAUAUCGCGGUCGUUGGUGGUGGUAUCGGCGGUUUAGCAGCCACUAUCUCCCUACGACGAGCGGGUCACAGAGUCACGAUCUAUGAACGGGCAGAUUUCGUCGGGGAGGUCGGCGCAUCGAUUUCUUGCGCUGCAAACGGAACACGAUGGCUGUAUGAGUGGGAGGUUGAUGUUGCCAAGGGAGAUGGUGUUAUACUCACAAAACUGAUCAACCGUGACUGGAAAACUGGCGAGCCAGUCAAUGUUUACGACCUGGCCGACUACGAGGAGAAAUGGGGCUAUGUGUACUACAUGUUCCACCGUCAAUACAUGCAUGCGAUGCUCAUGGACUGCGCGUUUGAUGAACAAGGGAAAGGUCCAGUUCCGAAGCUCGUUCUCAACCAUAAGUGUACGGAUAUCGAUGUCCAAAGUGGCACAAUUACAUUCGAGAACGGGAGUACGGCAGUACACGAAGUAGUUGUUGGAGCUGACGGUAUCGGAUCCGCCGUCCGCGCAUUGAUCGGAAUUCAGGCUGAAAAGAAACCAUCAAGCUCGAGCUGUCUGCAUAUCAACGUCUCCACGUCAAAAGUACGUGAGCUCGGCCUUGUAGACUACUCGCUGGACAGCGCACUGGAGUAUUGGGGAGGACACAAUACCGUGAACAAGGUCGUCCUGUCGCCUUGUAACGGUGGAGAGUUGCUGUCAUACUACUGCUUCUUCCCGAGAGAGAAGGGAGAUUAUGCUACGCAGAACUGGAAUUCGGAGGCCACCUUGGAAGAACUACUAGCCCCAUACCCCGAUUUGGAUCCCCAGUUGUUGGAGCAUUUCAAAGUCGGUGUGGAAAUCAAGCCUUGGAGACUGUGGGUGCACCAGCCGUAUGAGUGGUGGCAGAAGGGCGUGGCGUGCGUGAUGGGAGAUGCUGCUCAUCCGAUGAUGCCCGACCAAAGUCAAGGUGCCUGUAUGGCAAUUGAGGAUGCCGCCGCUCUUGGCCUCGUAUUCAACAAGGACAACUUCAACGGUGACAUUCGAGAAGCUCUGCAGGUCUAUGAAGCCGUCAGGAAACCCAGGGCGACCCGAGUACAAGCUGCCUCAGCUAAAGCAAGAGAGAACAUCUCCGAGCGCAUUGGAUUCUCGAGUAACACGAACAACAAGGUCUACAACGUUUCGGACGAGAGCAACAAGUUGACAAUCGAGGAAAUGAACGGUUAUGACAUGCCCAAGGAUAUUGCGGCGAAGUAUGCCGAACACAGGAAGGUUUAA